AUAGUUAAAUAUUUCAAAAAUCGAUCCGCCCUGAGUGCGUGGCAGAGUCAGUGUCACCAACAAAUCUCCAUUGAUUGUUAUUAUCAUUGUUAUGAUCAUUAUUGUCAAAUGUUUGAAAAUGGACGGAAGAAAUAAUAACUACGACGCACAAUCGCCGAGAGACUGCCAGGCGCAGCUGUCAUGUUGUGUAUCGUCGAUGUCUCAGCUGUCUGUCCCCAGCCUUGUCACUCUCUCGUCAACUCACGGUUUUUUAUUAUAUUUUUAUUAUCCCUUCCUUCUCUCCCUAUGUAUUUCCCUCUCUUUCUUAAAUAAUACUUAAUUAAACGCCGUUCCCAUACUGUUCCUCUGAGUCCUGUGUCUAUGUGUGUGUGUGUGUUUGUGUGUUGUUUCAUGUUAUAAGCUAUACUACUACCCCAUGUUGGCAUCAGGUCAGGCAGACAACGCAUCCAUCCCACCAAACCAAGUUGAAUAAAACAACCCGCAGUUCAUGACCACAAUUACCACCACAUCCUUGAAGAACACCACCGCCACUGCCUCCCUGUUGGGCGGGAUCCCCUCGACGUCCAUGAUUUCAACAGCAGAAAACCCGGCGACGACGACGACGACGACGAUAGACUGUCCGAGCUGCGGCUAUGAUGUGCGCUUGGCCGACGAUGAUGCCCAGCAGCGCAUCAUCUCCGAGCUGGAGGCGCAGGUUAGGUUUUUGAACAAGAGGGCUGCGGAGACGGCGGACAAACUCGCCGACUACGAAGAUGAAAUCCGCUUCCUCCGCUCUAAGGCAAACAACGCCGCAACCGCAACCGCAACUACGGCGCUCACAAUCCCCCCAACAACACCCACCCUCCCCUCUUCUCAUACGGCAGAUCCCUCCAUAACCUCCCAACCUCACCAGCAACAACAACAGCAGCAGCAGACUGCCACUCCACCCCCUCAAUCCCGCCUAGGCACCUUCGCCUCCCUCCUCCCCUACGGCCGGCGCAACGCCCCAACCCCCCCUACCCCCCCUCCCGCGCCAAACCGCUCCCCAAACCGCUCCCCAAGCCCCACCAGCCCCACCAGCACCACCACAACCUCCCCCCUCCCAUCCACCGCCAGCACCAGCACCAGCACCCCCACCGCCCUCCAAAACGCCCUAACCCGCGAACAAGCCCUGCGCAAAGAAGCCGAGUCGCGCCUCACCCAAGCCACCUCCGAGCUGGAAGAGCUCACCGCGCAACUCUUCAGCCAGGCGAACGAGAUGGUGGCGCAGGAGCGCAAGGCGCGCGCGAAGCUGGAGGAGCGGGUGGAGGUGCUUGAGCGGCGGGAUGGGGAGAAGCGGCGGCGCCUGGAGAGGCUAGAGAAGGCGAUUGAGAGGGUAGAUCGGGUUAGGGGGAUUGUGGGAGGUGCGUAGGAAAGGGAAAGGAAAUGGGAAAAAGGGGGGGGGGGCGGUGUUGGCGUUUGUUUUUCGUCUUGGGAUGUAUAUUUCUGGAUGGACGGGUAUUAUGACACAUGUUUUUGAAAUAUUUAUUAAUGAGUGCUAUUUGCAUGACGGACGAUAUUUUUAUUCUUUAAUGGCUUAGCUAACCCCCUAUUGCACUUUUUUAGGAGUAUUGUAUGUACACUAUACUAUGUAUGCAUUUAUAGCGGUUUGGUAUGGGAUUUUGCGUUUCCACGUUCUUAUCUACGUACGCAAGAGGAAGAUAUUUAAUUUUGGAGAGUUUGUCUGUUCUUUCAAUCCUCAGAUCUUUACCUAUAGUUGAUAUGCUCAUACUUUCAAAAUUGCCGAAGAAUUUACCAAAGAAAGACUCUCCAUUGGAUAGUGAGAGCGUGGGAGGAGGCAAAAGGGAAAAAACAAACAUAAUCAUGCUAUGGGGGACAUGACAAAGAAAUCAAGUAGUUCGAUUUAUGUGGGUAUCUUGCUAUAAAUGAACAAUGGUAUAGAAUCAUGAAUUGGGAAAUGAGGAACCGGAUGGAAUAGGGGAUGGAGGGGAAAAGAGGCUAGGCCCGGAUUGCAUUCAGGAAAGGGGGAAUGGGGGAACAUGCUAAGAUAUAACCUGGUGCGGGAAGAAUGCAAUGCGAUGUUGAUAUAUGGAAGUAUUAGGAAAAGCAGAAAUGACGAACACAAUGGGUAUAUAAUACAGGGGCAAAUUAUGCCGAGAUAGCAACGCCAACUAUGCAUGUACGCAAUAGAACUAAACAAAUGUAGUGGGGAAGAAAAAAAAGGAAGAGAGUCGAAUCGAACUUAACCGCUCACGAGGUUGCCCCAUCCGUUUCAUUUCCACUCUUCCAAAAGGCAUACUUGCCCUGCGCGGGGUCCGCAUUCAUCGACCACACCCAUGCACACAGUGCGCCUAGCAGCCCAGCGGCCCCGAUUAGAACCGGCCGCAGACGC